AUGACGCUGGACAAGGUGGUGCAAGUGAAGGUGGCGAGGUCGAGAAAAUCCCGGAGCAAGGAAGAGAAGGAAGUAGAAGAGGAAAUCUUGUUGAUUGAAGGUAUUGAGGUGGCGAUGGACAAGUUUGGCGUGUAUCUGAACGACGAGGAUGAGCCAGAGGCCGGGAAAUUGAAGGCCAAGUACGCUCGGAGCUUUGCGAGCUUGCCGCACAAGCGAAAGGGGUCGAAAAAGAUCAAAGCCAGCCUGAGCUUGUGUCUGAAUGAGCCACUGGAAGAUUUAGGGGCUGAGGACGAUGAUGCAGUGCUGGUGACUUUGGCACCAAAGGUUAGCGAAGGCGUCGUCACCGUUGAAAACAUUAAGAUCGUCUACGGUUCUUAG